CGCCGCCUCUCGGGUAUAAAAGAGAUCCGCCUUCUCCUUGGCGCCAUAUUGAGCUGCACGCGCCAGAGCAAGUCGGACUAAAUAAUCGACAUCAUGAGUGACGAAGGAAAGCUUUUUAUUGGAGGCCUAAGCUUCGACACCACGGAGCAGUCCCUAGAGGAUGCCUUCUCCAAAUACGGAGUCAUUACCAACGUUCACGUUGCCAGAAACAGAGAAACAAACCGGUCGAGGGGCUUCGGCUUUGUCACGUUUGAGAACCCAGAGGAUGCGAAAGACGCCAUGGAGGGAAUGAAUGGAAAAUCCGUUGAUGGCAGAGCGAUCCGUGUGGAUGAGGCCGGAAAGGGAGGUGGUGGACGUUCAGGUGGCAGCGGAGGUGGUGGAGGAUACAGAGGCGGCAGCGGAGGAGGCAGAGGAGGUGGAUACUUCCGUGGAGGUAGAGGAAGAGGUGGUGGUGGCUAUGGCGGUGGUGAUCGCAGCUAUGGUGGUGGUGAUCGCAGCUAUGGCGGUGGAGGGGAUCGGGGGUAUGGUGGAGGAGAUCGAGGCUAUAGUGGGGGAUACAAGAGUGGUGGUGGCGGCGGUGGUGGAGGAGGAUACAAUAGAGACAGGAGUUCCAGCUAUGGAGAUCGCAGCAGCUCUUACAGAGACUACUCUGAUGGAUAUCCUGCACACGAAUAAGGCCCAAGACCCAACUCUUCACUGGCUGUGUAUUCUAAAGACGUGCUCCUCAAGGAUCUGUUUGUUCAUGUAGUAGCUUUCUUUGUUUAAAAAUAUUGCAUCCAGGGAAAAUGUGGGGCAGGAACGUAUUCUUAUUGGCUGUGAAAUGUUUCUCUGCUACCCCACUUACACUUUUGGUUUGGUAGAAUUUUUUUUUUUUAUAUAUAUACAUACUUUUCUGAAUAAUGAGCCUCAUGUGAAAUGCUAUUCUUCUCGGCCUGUUUUGAGCAGCUUCCACAGUAUUGAUGUUUUCAAGUUGCAAAUUUUCCGUUUUAAUGGAGGUCCUCAUUUUUAUAUUUUGGGUUGCCCUGUUUUAGCGAACAUCUACCUCUUAAAGGACCUUUUAAGCGGCUGUAGAAUUUUCAUAAAGGCUAGAAAUUGUAGCAAUAGACUAAAGUCGCAAAAUUUAAGCAAUCAUUCCAUUUAAAAAUGACGUUAAUUUGAUUAAGUAAGAAGCCUUUGUCCAUUGUCAAGUAUCCAAAGAGUCAAUUCCUUGCAGACUGGUGAACACUGAGUGAGCUGGCCAACAUUGGUGCUGUUCUUGAAGUGCAGCUUGCAGUUUGCCACGUUCACCCUCACUCUUCCAGAGGUAUCUCUGCCCUGCUUGACUUCUGCAUAUAUUUUUUUUUUAACAUGUGCUGUAAAGAUGGACCGACACUUCUGAACUGUAUAGUAAUCUAUAUGGAAGAUAAAUUAAUGUUGAGAACUGUUACUAUUACUGCCCCAAAUCAAAGGGGAUAAUGUGCUCUGUUCUUUGUAUUGGCAUUGGAUCUAUUAUUUUCUGUCCUUGGCUUCAUGGAGCCUAUUAAAUGAAACCGUUUGAAACA